AUGGAUAAAAAUAUCGUCACCAUAUUGAACAUUGACUGGAUACGACGUCCAUGGAUGCAUGUAUUUUGUGCUCGUGCAAUGGAGAGACUGAUUCUUGCCAAUAGGCGCGAAGGUCUGCUUGCGAAUUGUGCAGAAAUGUACAGUCGAUAUCCCACAUUGGAUGCUCAUCAUGAACAAACUAAGAUCAAGCGCUAUCAAUCCUUAAACAUAACCUUACCGCAUCCAACUACGAAAUACCCAAAUGUGGAACUGUUCAUUGUCGAAAAAGAUAACAGUCUCAAAUCUGAACUUGGCACGAAAAUCAUGGAUGUCCUCAUUUCAUCAUUCAUCCGAAUUGACAAAAAUCAGCCUCCAGCUGUUGGUCCAUCCGGCACAAAUGAGUUCAGUGUCAGCAAAGAUACUAUCAUCUUUAUCCGACGAUCGUUUAUUGAAUGGUAUGGCGAUCUGCGACAAUGA